AUGCUUUGCAUUCUUUCCAAAUCCAUCAAAAUCUGGCUGCUACUCGGCCUGCUCCACGGCACCGUGGGCAAGAAACACUGGGACUACGAGCCCGUGUCCUUUGUUACCUACAGCACGGAUGACAACCAGAUGAAGAUCGAGUCCAAAAUCGAUCGUCUGAAGCGCGGAGAGUUCGGCCUUUCGUGCACCUUGGAGUGGAAAUACGAUAUAGAUGAGACCACAAUGGUCGAGAGCAGUGCUUACCAAAGCACUUCUGGUGCGGAGAAGGACUAUAAGGAGCUGCCCUGGUCUGUACCCAAGCAAACCUUCUAUGAGUAUCUCGACAAGUACUACAUGGACGUGACCAUCUCGAACCUUGGCCACUGCUCGAAUCUGCCGCAGUUCGAGGGCAAGUUCCAGCCGCCGUGGCCGAAGGACACCUACCACAUCGACAAGUGCGUCUUCGAUGGCGAGGGGCUUCCGGAAGUUCUUGCACCCGGUUUCUACAAGGUUGUCUUCAUAGUCACCGGGACAAAUCAGCCUGAAUGGGGUUUGACUGUAGUCCUUAAGAUAACAAAUAAAAUGUUCUAGAAA